GUUUUGCGGAAGGCAGCUGUUGUGAACUUACGAUUUAAGGACGGUCUCUCAACAAGAACAGCUAACAAACAAAAGCAAGAGUUUAAUCUUCAUUAAGAAUUAAGAAUAAACAUUUUAAAGGUGUGGGGCAUUGAUUUGAAAAGUCUGAGAAUAACAGAGUACAGAGAUCUGGCAACCCGCAUGUCGUAGGCAUGCUAUCUCAUCUGUCUGUCCUCGUGUGAGAGACACUAGUGUUCAGUCUUAUAGGAGACAUUUACGAAGACUGUGAACUUCCGAUGUGAAUGACAAAGCUGGGACACAGUCAGGAAGAGGUUCUUUAGCAGGCUACGCCUCCGUGUGUGCAUGAUGAUAAAGAUGUACCUGUGACUCAGUUUAUCUCCACUGAUGAGAAACGCCUCGGUGAUGGUCAAAGUUUGGGCAUUUCUGUCACAGUGUUGUAGAUUAUCAAUGGCGCUUCUGAGGCGGAUGAUAAAUAAACUGAUGAACCGAGUGCUUUUGGGCACAGUACCCUGUGAGAAGAUGGCAAGUGAUCUAGUCAGCAGUUCUAGGAGAAAAUUGGUGGUAGGGCUCGGUAAUCCUGGCAUGAGCGGGUCACGACACAGCAUCGGUAUGGCUGUGAUUGCAGCACUGGCACAGCGUCUUGGAGUGGCUGACCAGUGGAGGUCAGACAGACAGGUGUCAGGAGAGGUCAUAGUUUCAGAUUACCAGGACACCCAGCUUGUGCUUCUCCGUCCAAAGUUGCUCAUGAACGUCAAUGGAGUGAGUGUGGCAAAGGCAGCCAGCAAAUUUUCUAUUCAGCCUGAGCACAUUGUCCUGGUUCACGAUGAACUUGACAAACCACUUGGGAAGCUUGGCAUCAAACAUGGUGGGAGUGCAAGGGGUCACAAUGGUGUGCGAUCCUGUGUUGAUUGUCUUCAUACUGAUGUUAUGCCACGCUUACGAAUUGGUAUUGGCCGACCUUCAGGGAAAACAUCAGUGGAGAGGCAUGUUUUAGGACGAUUUUCUAAGGAGGAACAGAACGUUCUGAGCUCUGUCCUGGAGCAGAGUGUGGACCUUUUACUAACACAACUCACAGAGACGCAACUCCAGAAAUCUCCACCAGGGGGCAGAAGAGCAGCAGGCAGGAGUAAAGAGAAAACACUUCCAGCUCAAGAGCCUGCUGAAGGACAGACCCAGAACUGACCUAAACUGCUAAUUCAUUAACAGGGACAAACUCUUAAAUCUCUUGAAUGCAGAUAAUCUUAUUGUAAAGUCGACGGUUUUAUUUGCAGUGUGAAAAAAGGACACUUUGUAACAAACAUUUUUUAACAGACAAAUUUUAUUAAUGAUAAAAUGAUGUAAUUUUAUUUAUUAAUCACAUAACUUGUUAGUAUAUCUCUCAUAACUGUAAUACAUUUCUAAUCAAU